CGGACACAGACAUACUGAAAUCUCACGGAUGGGCAAGAUUGUGGAGCAUCAAUACGGAGCAUUGAACCUGGAGCAAAAAAAAAGGGUAAAUCAAGCCAAAUUUGGAUGCAACGGGAGAAAAGGUGGUUACCGUUAUUGAGAAGCACACGGUAAAAAGGAAAGGAAGAAUCCAUUUCGGAAAAUAUUGAAAAAGUGUUUUUUUAUUCAGCAGCAAAUGGGGAAUCUGAUAGUUCUUCAAAGCAGUACCAGCUAAGUGCCCUGCUCAUUGGACUGAAAAGAGCCAUCUGUGAAUGAAGGUUCAACCAAGGGAGUCCCCUGCUUCGUCCAGAGGGAGAUUUUUACUCACGUAUCUUCAUCUCUACCAAACCCAUGUUAACAGUGUAGCAAAGAGGAUUCAACAACUGAGAGGCAAUAGCAUCAAGGCUGAGUUUGGUGUUUAUGGUGGUGUCCCUCACUAGUGGUCUUUCUCACGGACAAUGUGGCUUACAUCUCGGAGACCCCGUCCAUUUUCACUGUUACGAGAGUGGCAUGGUCUGAUGACUGGAUCAUACUGUAAUGUUAUCCUGUGGAUAUUGAGUUUCUGUUUGUCCGUCAUGGUGGUAAAUGGCCAAAGUUACUACCCAACUGUAAACACUCACUUUGGUAAGCUCAGAGGGGUGAGAGCUCCAUUACCAAGUGAAAUUCUGGGACCAGUGGAUCAGUACCUGGGAGUUCCCUAUGCUGCUCCUCCUGUCGGAGAAAAACGCUUUAUGCCCCCUGAACCUCCAUCUUCCUGGUCUGGAAUAAGGAACGCCACCCAUUUUGCACCCGUUUGUCCUCAGAAUAUUCAUAACGCUGUGCCAGAAAUCAUGAUGCCCAUUUGGUUCACCUUCAACCUGGAUAUGGUUGCAACUUACAUACAGGAUCAAAACGAGGACUGUUUAUAUUUAAACAUCUAUGUGCCAACUGAGGAUGUAAAACGAAUAUCCAAGGAAUGUGCCAGAAAACCCAACAAGAAAAUAUGUAGAAAAGGAGGAGCCCACGUUAAGAAACAAGGCGAGGAUUUAUCCGAUAACGAUGGUGAUGAAGACGAAGACAUCCGAGAUACUGGUGCCAAACCUGUGAUGGUCUACAUCCAUGGAGGGUCCUACAUGGAGGGCACUGGAAACAUGAUUGACGGGAGUGUUCUGGCCAGCUAUGGUAACAUCAUUGUCAUCACGCUUAACUACAGGGUUGGAGUUCUGGGAUUCCUAAGCACUGGAGAUCAGGCUGCGAAGGGGAAUUAUGGACUGUUGGACCAGAUCCAAGCUUUGAGAUGGAUCAGUGAGAAUAUUGGCUUCUUUGGAGGGGACCCUCAUAGAAUCACAGUGUUUGGAUCUGGGAUAGGAGCAUCAUGUGUAAGCCUUCUCACCCUGUCUCACCAUUCCGAAGGUCUGUUCCAGCGAGCCAUCAUUCAAAGUGGAUCAGCCCUCUCUAGUUGGGCGGUGAACUAUCAGCCAGUAAAAUACUCACGACUGCUUGCUGAAAAGGUGGGCUGCAAUGUCCUCGAUACACUGGACAUGGUGGACUGCCUGAGAAAGAAGACUUCCAGAGAGCUGGUGGAGCAAGACAUCCAGCCGGCUCGGUACCAUGUAGCGUUUGGGCCGGUCAUCGAUGGUGAUGUAAUACCUGACGACCCCGAGAUUCUGAUGGAGCAGGGUGAGUUCCUGAACUAUGACAUCAUGCUGGGGGUUAACCAAGGAGAAGGGCUCCGCUUUGUGGAGAAUGUGGUUGACUCUGAAGAUGGAGUCUCUGGAAAUGACUUUGACUUCUCAGUGUCAGACUUCGUGGACAGCCUAUAUGGCUACCCUGAAGGGAAGGACACACUGAGGGAGACUAUUAAGUUUAUGUACACAGAUUGGGCUGAUCGAGAGAAUCCUGAGACCAGAAGGAAAACUCUGGUGGCACUUUUCACAGACCAUCAGUGGGUGGAGCCAGCAGUGGUGACAGCAGAUCUGCACGCGCGCUACGGAUCUCCAACUUAUUUCUACGCGUUUUACCAUCACUGUCAGAGUGUAAUGAAGCCUGCUUGGUCAGAUGCUGCCCAUGGGGAUGAAGUGCCCUAUGUAUUUGGUAUCCCCAUGAUUGGACCUACCGACCUAUUCCCCUGCAACUUCUCCAAAAAUGAUGUGAUGCUGAGUGCCGUGGUAAUGACCUACUGGACAAACUUUGCCAAAACUGGGGACCCCAAUAAACCUGUACCCCAGGACACCAAAUUCAUCCACACCAAAGCCAAUCGCUUUGAAGAAGUAGCUUGGUCCAAAUACAACCCCCGGGACCAGCUCUACCUUCACAUUGGACUGAAACCGAGGGUCCGAGACCACUACCGGGCAACCAAAGUUGCGUUUUGGAAACACCUGGUCCCUCAUCUCUACAACCUUCACGACAUGUUUCAGUACACCUCAACCACGACCAAGGUGCCCCCGCCUCAUACCACAUCAAACUCCAUCAUCACAAAAAGACCCAAUGGAAAAGCUUUUAACACCAAGCGUCCGCCCAUCUCCACCGCCUACACCAAUGAGAACUCCAAUGAGAAUUGGAAUACGGACGAGGAGAGCGGGACUCUGCUAAUCGAGAACCCCCGUGACUAUUCUACGGAGCUGAGCGUCACCAUCGCGGUGGGAGCCUCUCUAUUAUUCCUUAACGUGCUCGCCUUUGCCGCGCUGUACUACCGGAAAGACAAACGCAGACAGGACUCUAACCAGCAACCUAGUCCGCAGCGCAACACUACAAACGACAUCGCACACGCCCCGGAAGAGGAGAUAAUGUCCUUGCAGGUGAACCAGACUCACCACGAAUGUGAGGCCCACGACCCUCUGCGGCUCCCCUCUCUCCCAGACUACACGCUCACCAUGAGGCGCUCCCCUGAUGACAUCCCUCUCAUGACCCCCAACACCAUCACCAUGAUCCCCAAUUCUCUGGUUGGGAUGCAGAACCUACACCCCUACAACACUUUUACAGCUGGCUUCAACAGCACAGGCUUGCCUCAUUCACAUUCCACCACCAGAGUAUAGCUUUAAAAUAAAGAAAAUCAAACCCUUUUGGGGUGGUGACAAGAGAAAUCUUUA